AUGGCCAGGCUAUUGCGCUGGAACGAUCCGUCAGAAGAUGUUGAACAUGUCGAGCCCAAUGCGACGCGAAACUUCGGCCAGCGAUUGGGCCCUCAAGCUAUCAAAGGCGCGAUUGAACGUCUUCACGUCGACUUCGUCAUCCGUGGUCACCAGGCGAUGACGAACGGCGUGCGCCGAUUUGCCAACCUCCCGUUGGCCACCGUCUUCUCGUCUUCGUACUACCUAAACGCGGAGAAUUUCGGCGCCGUUCUCUUCGUCAAUCCUGUGAAAAACGAGAUCGUGCCGAUCUUCAUCGUGAACCACAAGGACAGCAUCAAGACGCAAGAGGAAUUCGACGAAAAACUGCGUGAGGGCUGGAAAGUCGAUGAUUAUGCGGUCAUCCCCGACGACAUCACGGUGAAGGGAGAGAAGAAG